GAGAAGCCUAGAGACAGGGUUGUGCUUCGGCGCCACUUAUCAUUAGAUAUGGCCACCUUUAUAGAGUACACCGAAGCGUCAUCUUCAACUUAAUUUUCUGCCGUUUCACAACAGUUGCGUCGCUUGGCUGUUGUUUGCCAGUGAAGCCAUAUUUUCGGCAUGUUAUUGUUUGUUUUCGGUCGUCUUUGGGGGCGGUUGUUGCUGCGUGGCAGGCUGGCAGCGAGAGUCUUAUAAACUGGCCGCUUCAGUCCCGCAGCUUGUCGCAGCUGAAGAAAAUAGAACCAGUUGCCAACCAAGCCAUCGACAGCUAGCACUGGCUAACCCGCUUACCUCCACUCGGCUAAGGGGGAAAUUCACCUUUUAAAGUUUCACCUACGGACUCUGGACUACUGCAGCCGCUUGGAUCUUUUGGCUUUGAGUCGAUUUAAUGGUAAAAUUGUUGACUGUGGACUUGGGUGGCUAACGACAACUAGCUCGAUAACCCCCCAACUCGUGCGACGACAGCUGUCAUUGGAGAAAGGAAAGUGAUCCCACCGCAAAUGCGAGUCCUAGCAAAGCGGAUUUCUGUUGGAUUUAAGCUAUCUGGCUUUCCAUCAAAUGGGCAAAGUAUGGAAUAACCUCGUACUGUUGGGAUAUUAUGAUGUGUGCUGUACAUUUUUGAGGACUGCGGUGUUUCUUUAUUGGAGAGAGGCGAGCUAGCUUCGUUAGCUUGCUUAGCUAGCUGGGUGAUAAAAGUGCGACGUUUCAUCCCCCAGUAUUUUGGACAUGAAGACGAUAAUUCGCCAUCCAUAGGGCAGGAAGAAUGUCAUCAGAGGAUAAGUCUGUGGAACCCUCUGACCAGGGACCCUCACCGCCCUCCAGCAGUGUAGGGUCCACAUCCACAGGAAGUCCUGCCCACGCAGACAAGCGCCCCCGUGGCAGGCCUCGCAAGGAUGCUGCUACAGUCUUACCCCAGGCGCCACCCUCAUCCACAUCCAAGAGCAGAAAGAAGGGUCGCACCAGAGGGAGGGUGAUUGUGGAUGAAGAGGACAGCAUGGAUGGGACAGAAAUACCAGAGUCCACAGAUCCUCAGGACACAGAAACUCAAAUUGAGCCAGUGGAGACUGUGGAGGUGGUGACCACUGAGGUACAAGAGGACGUCAAGCCCUCUACCCCUCUGGACCAGAGCCCUCAUGCUGAGAAUUCAGCAGGACCGUCUGUCCCAGCGAGUAGAGAAGUCAAAAGCAGUGAGCAUCUCUGUGCCUUCUGUUACUGUGGUGGGCGUAGCCUGUUGGGUCAGGGGGAUUUGCAAGUAUUCAGUACCACUCCUGAGCUUGAUGCACUCUUCCGAUGUAAGGGUGGCUCUACAAGCGACAGCAGUGGUGGUGAUCUAACCACUCAGCCAAAAAUGGCCGAAGAGACUGCGUCAGGACAGAAUGACAAGAGGAAUGAGUCUGACAGAUCCCUAGAAGAACUGGACCCAGCAAAUCGUUUUUGGGAUGAGCUUUCUCAUGUUGGCCUUCCUCAAGAUCUUAACAUCCACUCUCUCUUUGAGUCAGGGCAAUACUGGGCACAUCACAGUUGUGCACUGUGGUCCGAAGGUGUUUGUGAGGGCGAGGGACAAUCUCUGCUUAAUGUGGACAGAGCCAUUGACUCAGGGAGCACAAAGCACUGUGCAUACUGUAAGCGCCUUGGAGCAUCCAUUAAGUGCUGUGCUGAAGGAUGUGCUCAACUCUACCAUUACCCCUGUGCAGGGGCAGCUGGGACCUUUCAGGAUAUCAGGAGUCUCUCCAUCCUCUGCACAGAACACAUUGAAUUGGCCAUUCAUAAAUUUGUAGAUGAUGUAAAUUGCGUGCUAUGCGAUAGCCCAGGGGACCUAUUGGACCAACUCUUCUGCACCAGUUGUGGUCAGCACUACCAUGGGAUGUGCCUGGAUAUGGCUGCAACCCCUCUAAGGAGGGCAGGGUGGCAGUGCCCAGAGUGUAAAGUCUGUCAGACUUGCAAGAAUCCAGGAGAGGACACAAAAAUGCUGGUGUGUGAUUUGUGUGACAAAGGCUACCAUACAUUUUGUCUGCAACCUGCCAUGGACUCCAUUCCAACCAACGGAUGGAGGUGUAAAAACUGCAGAGUAUGCAUCCAGUGUGGAACACGAACCAGUGGGCAGUGGUACCACACCAGCUUACUCUGUGAAAAAUGUGUCCAAAAUCAUGACCCUGGUCUGUGCUGCCCCAUGUGUGCCUGUAUCUUGGACCCUGAACACCACAAAGACAUAAUCUUUUGCCAAAGCUGCAAGAGAUGGCUGCACCUGGAGUGUGAGCGUCAGAACUCAGGCCAAGCAGAAAUCCACCCCAGAGAGGACUAUGUUUGUUCCAGCUGCAGGCCUCCUGCUGCAGAGCAUACGUUAAAGGCAGAGUAUAUGGACACUGGCCCGGAGCUCAGCCCACAGCCAGCUUCAAUGCACACAAACUCUGAGACUGGCCCACAGCUGGCUCCAAAGCACAUGGACCUCGAGCCUGGCACUCAUCUGCCUCCUGAAAUGCACAAUGACCCUGAACCAGAAUUGCAUGCUGAUCCAGAGCCCGUUCAGGCUACCGUCCAGGAGGAGAAGCUGGUCACAUCUGUUGAAAAGCAUGGUGACGCACUGAAGAGCACUGAAAUUAGUCUUUUAGCCGACUUGGUUGAGAAGCAGGUCACUGAACCAUCAGUCAACAAGCAAGAAAUUGAACCAGAAACAAAACCAUCAGUGAGAACCAAUGUAACCCAGCUGACAGACACAAACAGUCCUGCAUCUCCAGCAAUUCCCAACCAGGGGCCAGAGUCUUUUCCAGUCCAGCUAUCUGUAGAGGCACUGCAGACACAGGAUACCGCAUUAUCAAUAAAGCCAGCAACAUUAGAGGUCUGCCCAGUACAGGGCAUGGCCACACCCAGCACAAAGGAUUUUAAGGCCAUCAUUGCAACCACCAAAGAACCAAGUACUGUAUCAGUACCUUUCAAGGAUGAACCAAUGGAAGUCUCCACAUCCCUACCUUUGAUUAGGGAUGAUGUUAGUGCUAUUUCUACGGACACUGCUCCAAAAGAGCGUGUUGAGGGGACAAGAGAGCGCAUCUGUCACAGGAACCUGCUGGACACCUCAACUUCUAGUUUGUUGGAUGUGAUGGACACCACCUCAGACAGCAAAACUAAUUUCUCAUUCCUCAGCCUUUCUUCAAAAGAGAAACUCAAGGCAUCUCUGGACAGGUUGGUUCAGAUAGUUGCCUCUCCUUCCCACUCAUCUGCUCUGGUCCAAGGGACAUUUCCAAGAGAUCCUCUGCAGACACACCUAUUUCCAUCAGUAGGUGACCACAACAAUGUGACAUCAAUGCCAACCACCACCCUUAUACCACUCACCCCUAAGAUUGGUAUGGGAAAACCAGCCAUCACAAAGAGGAAGUUUUCACCUGGGAGGCCUCGAGUAAAACAGGGUGCAUGGAGCCCCCAUAGCAGUGUGAGCUCCCCCUUGUCCUGGUCACCAGACCAGCCAGAGGGGUGGGACAUCUCAAAGACCAGGCAGUCCUCUGGCAGCCCCGGCUGGAGCAUCAGAGUGGGUCGAGGCUCAGGCUUCCCAGGCAGGAGGAGGCCCAGAGGGGCCGGGCUGUCCGGUAGAGCUGGACGUGGCAGGGCCAGGGGCAAGAACGGUGUUAGUCCCAGCAUCAACCCAGGGGUCACAACAAUUGAAACACCAUACCCGGUCAAGGAGGAAGAGGAGAAUGCCAUGCAUAACACAGUGGUCAUAUUCUCCAGCAAUGACAAUUUCACACUGAAACAGGACAUGUGCGUUGUAUGUGGGAGUUUUGGUCUUGGUGCAGAGGGCCGUCUUUUGGCCUGUGCUCAGUGUGGCCAGUGCUACCAUCCCUUUUGUGUUGGUAUAAAGAUCACCAAGGUGGUUUUGAGUAAAGGGUGGCGCUGCCUAGAGUGUACAGUAUGCGAGGCCUGUGGUCAGGCCACAGACCCAGGCCGCUUGCUGCUGUGUGAUGACUGUGAUAUCAGCUACCACACCUACUGCCUGGACCCUCCACUGCAGAAUGUACCUAAAGACAGCUGGAAGUGCAAGUGGUGUGUGUCCUGCACUCAGUGUGGUGCCACCUCCCCAGGCUUGAGGUGUGAUUGGCAGAAAAAUUACACCCAGUGUUCCCCCUGUGCCAGUCUUGUAACAUGCCCCAUCUGCCAAGUGGACUACAUUGAAGGCACAGUCAUUGUGCAGUGUCGCCAGUGUGACAGAUGGUUUCACGCUACGUGUCAGGGUCUGCUCGAGGACGAUAUUGAGAAAGCAGCAGAUAGCAGCUUUGACUGCACAAUGUGUCGGGCUUUCAAAACAACUAAGGUUUGGGCUAAAGCCAAAGACACCAUUGAGCCUUUACUGAUGACGCAGAUUGUCACAAAGGCUAAAGAAAUGGACCUGACAAGGACCUACACCCAAGAUGGCGUUUGCUUGACAGAGUCGGGGCUUUGUCAACUCCAGAGCUUGUCUGCUGCUGCCUCACGCCGCAGGAAACCCAAGCCCAAGCUCAAACUGAAGAUCAUUAACCAGAACAGUGUGGCGGUGCUUCAGGCCCCUGUAGACCCUCUGUCAGAGCACUCUCGUGAUGAGGACAUGGAGGACACCAGGGACGUAGAGCUCCUAGAUUGUGAAGGGAAGUCUGAUUCAAGCCUGGAGCGAGAGCCAGCAGAAGAUGACUCCAAGGGGGCCGACGGUAGCAAGAAGAGGAAGAGGAAACCGUACCGGCCGGGCAUUGGUGGAUUCAUGGUUCGCCAAAGGAGCCGUCCAGGACAAGGUCAAGGGAAGGCCAAAAGAACCCUUUGCAGGAAGGAUUCUUCUGGCUCUGUGUCAGAAAACCCCCUUGUUAAAGAUGAAGGAUGGACCGAGGCACUGCCUGAUACCCCUGUGGAUGAAAUACCAGCUGGACCAGAAGUCCCAGAGAAAAUAAAGAAACGCUACCGAAAGAAGAAAACAAAGUUAGAGGAGGCCUUUCCCACCUACCUGCAGGAGGCAUUCUUUGGGAAAGACCUAUUGGACAAAAGUAAGCAGAGCAGGCAUCAGGGGACAGAGUCUGGUUUACUAGAAGAAGGGCAAAGUCACAUGGAGAGGAAGCACCAGACCACUAACUUCCUGGACCCUUCAUCAAACUCUCUGCUCAGCGCUUCAACAUCAUCUUUUCCCACACGACCACCAGCAGCACAGACAUCUGAGGAACCAUUAGUUGAUCUGUCUGAUGUUCUGAACACUGAUGCAGACAUCUUGGGAAUGCUGGGAAAGCCAAGCAGUGACUCGGGUCUUGAUUUUUGCCCCUUCCAGGUUGACAGCUCACCUCCUCCUUUUGCUGGUCUGGUCACUGGGCCCCUAGCAGGCAGUUCACCAGUGGUGCCCCAAUCUCAGGCUGGCCGAAGGACACCACGCACCCUUCCCGAAGAACCUCUUGAUGGAAUUCUCAGCCCUGAGUUAGACAAGAUGGUGACUGAUGAAUCCAUUCUCAGCAAACUUUACAAAAUUCCAGAGCUAGAAGGCAAGGAUGUGGAGGAUCUCUUCACAGCAGUACUUAGCCCCACCACAAGCCAGCCACCACCACAGGUGCCUCACUCUCAGGGUCUUGGACCCCUCCCUGCUACACCUGGUGCUGUUAUGCCUCAUCCCAAUGCAGGGAAUCCCAUGUUUCCAAGGAUGCCAAUGAUGAAUGGCAUGAUGGGACCAAACCAACGUUUCUCUUCAAAUCCAGGAGCAGGCCCCUGCAUGCCAGAAAACUUCUCCCCCCUCAACCGUAUGCCUUUCACUGAUAAUCCAAGGAAGUUCAGUCAGAUGCCUAGAGAGGCUGUUGUCCAGUGGCCGCCCACUGCUCACAGUGCUGGCCCGACACCUCCUGGAUCUCUGCCUGAGGGAGAGACUGAAGCCAUGUCAAAUGCCCAGAGGAGUACACUGAAGUGGGAAAAGGAGGAGACUCUUGGAGAGCAAGCCACUGUAGCACCCGUCCUCUAUACCAACGUCAAUUUCCCCAACCUGAAAGAAGAGUACCCAGACUGGUCAACGCGAGUGAAGCAAAUUGCAAAACUCUGGAGGAAAGCAAGUUCACAGGACAGGGCCCCCUAUGUGCAAAAGGCAAGAGAUAACCGAGCCGCCCUACGCAUCAACAAAGUCCAGAUGUCCAAUGAGACAGUGAAGAGGCACCACCCACAGCAACAGCCCCCUGAGGUGUUUGAUCCCAACAUACCACUAGACACAGAACUGCUGUUUAAAGACCCUUUGAAACCAAAAGAGUCAGAGCAUGAACAAGAGUGGAAGUUUAGACAGCAAAUGAGGCAGAAAAACAAGCAGCAAGCCAAAAUUGAAGCCACUCAGAAAUUGGAGCAAGUCAAGAAUGAGCAACUCCAGCAGCAGCAACAGCAGCAGCAGCAAACCAACAGCCAGUCUGACUGCGAUAGCAACAAUAGUGGGAAUCAGAGCCCAGCGUCCCAGCCCAGCAAUGGCAGUAUGUCCCCCAUGCAGCAGCCUAAUGCUAAAGAAAGCUUUCCCAGAGCACAGCUGCCAGGAACACCUACUUCAGGACCUCCAGAGGAUGUGUUUUUGCGACCCCCUCCUCCCCCUCCAUCAGGCCCAUCCUCCCAGCCUCAGUCUCCACAAGUGUUUUCACCAGGCUCAUCUGGUUCCAGACCCUCUUCCCCAUGGGAUCCAUAUGUCAAAAUGGUGGGCACACCACGACCACCUAGUCUUGGUCCAAAUACAUGUCGGAGGAUGCCAGUGGAAUCUGGCAAAUCUCCCACCUCACUGAUGGAACAACAGGACAGAGGUAGGCCCUCUCCUGCAAUUGAAUCCUUUGGUUCUCCAACAUCUAUGAGCAGUGACCCUUAUGCCAAACCUCCAGACACACCAAGGCCAGUUAAUGAAUUGGACCCGUUCCUGAAGCCCAUGGGUCCUCCUCGGUCCAGUCAAGCUGUGCAAGGAAGACCACCAAUGGGUUCUCCAGGCAGGGACCAAUAUUCACGUCCCAUGAUAAGAAAUGAGGCCUAUCAGCGGAUGGCCCAAAAUAGGAUGAUUUUGUCUGACCCUUACUCACGUCCAUUACUCACACCUAUCCCUGGAAGUAAUGAGUCAGGCUCAGUUUCUUUGUUUAAAACACCUAUGCCCCCGCCUCAGGUUCAGGAUCCUUUCAGUCGACCAGGGCAACAUCCGACUGACAGGUUUAACCAGAAUCAACAAAGUGAUCCCUAUUCUCAGCCUCCACACACACCAAGACCUUCUGGGAAUGAAAAUUUCAGCAGUCCUCCUCGAAUGGGCCAGCACCACCCACAGGGUCACUCAUUUGCUCAGCCUGCGCCAAUAACACAAAUGUCUAGAAAUCCUUAUGCUCAUGCACCCUCCACUCCUAGGCCUGACCAUUUUACUUAUGACCCCUUUGCACAACCGUCUGGUGUCACUAAAUCAACUACUGAUCAAUACUGUCCAUCCCCAGGUACCACUCGAUCAGUCAGUGAACCCAAUGCCCAGCCUCGCCCUUUCUUUGAACCCUAUGCUCGGCCUCCUGGUACCCCACGUCCUCAUGACAAUUAUGGUCAGCCACCAAAUACUCCUAACCCACCAACGGACCCAUUUUCACAGGCUUCUGGUACACUACGCCCCAGUGGGAUUAACCAGUUCCCUCACCAGUCGCAUUCCACUCAGAGAAUGUCCCCUUCUCAUUCAGUAGACCCUUAUGCCCAGGCACCAGGUACUCCAAGGCCCUCUGCAGGAGAGAGGUUUGCCAAGUCCCCAGGCAGCCAAAGGUGCCCUAUGGAGCCAUAUACUAAUCUAUCUGCAACAUCAAGGCCGGGAAGUAACGAUAUGUUUUCACAGCCAGGGGUCCCCAGACCAGUGCUUAAUGAUCCCUAUUCCCAGCCUCCAGGGACCCCAAGGCCCGGCCAGGACCCUUUCUCACCAACUCAAAAUAGGCUUCAAGAGCCUUUCUCUCACCAAGGUUCACAAACACCAAAGCACCCCAAUGCAGCUGAAGAUGGAUUUGCUCUGUCACCAUCUAGAAGGCCGAAUCAAACACCGAGUCACGACCCAUUUGAACAAUCCCCCAUUCCUUCUCGUACACAACCAAAUGAGAAACUAGACAUGAAAGACAAAUCAAAUGUCUGCAACAAUGGAACUGCUCCUCAAGAGCCAGACCAACUCUCGAAUAACCCACCGGCUGCUUCUUCUGAGGCUCAAGGUGUUGCUCUUGCUGAAAGUGAGGAAAGACUUAAACAGCGGCAACGCAUUAGAGAGCUAAUUCUCAAGCAACAGCAGCAGAGGAGUGCUAAUCGACAAGAGAGGGGUCCGCAAGACCCUAGUGCUAGUGUAACCCCGGGAACACAAAGACCAUGGCCACAGGAUGCUCCCGCGGUUCAAGGUGAAAUGUUCAGCAGGCCGCCCCCACCAUAUCCUGGACAAGGACCCAUACGAGGGCCAAUGAGGUUUCCUGGACCUUUUCCAGGAGAUCAACGUAUGCCUUUCCCAAAUGAGGGACAAAUGCCUCGGGGACCACAUCCUGGUGAUCCUAAUCUAAAACAUCAGGGACCAAGGUUUGCUUUUCCACCUGGUGGGCUCGGACCUCAUGGAGGCCAGGAAUUCUUCACCCGUGGGCCUCACCCAAUGCAGGAUGUCCCUCCUCAAAUGAGACGAUCCAUGUCUGCUGAAAUGGUAAAGCCUAUGGGUGGUAAUCCAAUGGGACUUCCCCCACACUUUACACCACGUGGUAUGCCAGUGCAGCAGCACAACAUAAUGGGGCAGCCAUUCAUUGAGCUGCGACACAGAGCACCAGAGAACCGGCUCCGUAUGGCUUUUCCCCCUAAUACCAUGCAAGGGAACAACAUGGAUCCUAACUAUCAAGGUUUGAGGCCGCCUGGCUUUCCAGGUCCACCAGAUCCCAGGUUCUCUUCUGGCCAGGGUCCUAGGAUGGUAGAUGCCAUGACCACCCAGACUGGUCAGUUACAGCUGUCUGCCAGCAUGGGCAAUCUUCAUCAGCAAGCUCAAAUGCCAGAAACUGCCACAAAUAAGCAGUCUCCUUUGAUGAGAUCCAUAAGCCAGCCUGCUUCAAAUGAAGCUCACAGUAUGGUGGCAUCAUUGAUCCUUACCACUCCUGCUUCUGGGCAACCUGAGACCAUCCCUGUGGCCAGCAGUGAUGCUGUGGAGGAGAAACUGGAUGCAGAAGAAUCAGCUGUCAAAGAUCUUGAGGAUGUGGAAGUGAAAGACUUAGUGGAUGCAGACUUGGAAAACCUGAAUUUGGAUCCAGAAGAUGGCAAAGACUUGGAUCUAGAGACAAACGACUUGCACCUUGACGAUUUCUUAACGUCUGGGAAGUUUGACAUAAUUGCUUACACAGACCCUGACCUUGAUGACAUCAAGAAAGAUAUGUUCAAUGAGGAGCUGGAGCUUAAUGAUUCCAUGGAUGAUAAUGCUGACAACACAGACAUCCAUAGGGUUCUUUCUGAGAAAAAAAACCUGAAUACCGAUGUAACAGGGGCUUCAUCCAGUCCAUUACCUGUAGUAGAAAAGUCAAAGGCCACAGAUGAAGAGUCUGCUGCUGAAGUGAAGCUGGAAGGGCCUGGGAGUCACGACUCUGCUUUGUUGGCACCUGGACAAGAAAUUAAAUCAGAGGUCAAAGAGUGUCAGAAACCCCCUGAGGCAGUAGAUCAGGAGGCUAAUGACAACGCCUUAACCACAAAUCAACACGGAGUGCUCCCAGACUCCACCCCAGUCCUGUCCAGUUUACUCAUUAAGCAUCAGCCUGAGGAUCAGUCAUUAAAUUCAGUGGUUGAAUCUGUCAAGCAUGGUGGUAACCUUAUGCCUGAUUCAAACCCAGUGACUGACACUCAGCAUACUGCCGGACUUGCAAUGAGCCAAACAAUACCUGACGCCACAGCUGCAGGAGAGGCUUCUAUAACUGGUUUUGGGGAAGACCACCAGGUGUGUCUAACCCCUGGAAUGGAGCAAAGCGGUCUGAGCCAGGCUCAACAAACAGCAUUGAACCAGGCAUUGGGUCAACAUAGUCAGCAACCACGUCCUCUCCUGCUGGAGGAGCAGCCACUACUCUUGCAGGACCUUCUCGACCAGGAGAGGCAAGAGCAGCAGCAGCAGAGGCAGAUGCAAGCCAUGAUACGGCAGCGCUCCAGUGACUCCUUCUUCCCCAGCAUUGAUUUUGAUGCCAUCACUGACCCGAUUAUGAAGGCUAAGAUGGUUGCUCUGAAAGGUAUCAACAAAGUAAUGGUUCAAAACAACAUGGGAAUGACCCCAAUGAUCAUGAACAGAUUUCCUGCUGGUCCUGUACCACCUUGUCCUGAAAGCACACCACUUCCUCCACAAGUUGUCGGGCAGGAUGGAAAAUUGACCCAGGUUCCAAGGCCACAUCCUCCAAACUUUGGACCAGGUUUUGUCAACAAUUCUCAAAAGGUUCAGUAUGAGGAGUGGCUUCAAGAGACACAGCAGUUACUUCAAAUGCAGCAGAAGUUUCUGGAAGAGAAGAUUGGAGCUCACAGAAAGUCUAAGAAAGCCCUGUCUGCAAAGCAGAGAACAGCUAAGAAGGCAGGCAGAGAGUUCCCCGAGGAGGACGCUGAGCAGCUCAAACAUGUCACAGAGCAGCAGGGUGUAGUGCAGAAACAACUGGAGCAGAUCCGUAAGCAGCAGAAGGAGCAUGCUGAACUUAUUGAGGAGUACCGAGUGAAACAACAACAAAAUAAUAUGACGCCCAUAAUGCCUGGAAUGCACCCAGUGCCGGUCCCUGCUGGCAUAGUCUCUAGUGGACCACCUGCAGUCCAGCCUCCUAUUAAUCCAAUUAUGCAGAUGCAGCUUCAUCCAGGCCAGCCAACUGCACCUUCACGUAUGCCUAGUGCACCACCUGGCUGGCAUCCAGGUGCUCCUAUGACAAUGGGUAGCCCAAGAAUGCCACCAAUCAUGGCGCAGCAGGUAUCUGGGGGAAAUCCAGGGCAGCCACAUCAAAUGCCAAUGGGUAACCCAGCUCAACACUCACAAAUCCCUGUGGACCCCCAAGCACCAGCAGCUCUACCUGGUGGAAUGAAACCUAUGCAGGCCAGUGGUGUGAAGUUUGAUGACAACAACCCUUUCAGUGAGGGCUUCCAGGAGCGAGAGAGGAGGGAGAGAUUAAGGGAGCAGCAGGAGAGACAGCGUGUGCAGCUGAUGCAGGAAGUUGAGCGACAGAGAGCCUUGAAACAUCGGAUGGAAAUGGAACAGCAGGGUAUGAUGGGGCCAGAUGGAACCAUAGCACCACUCUCUCAAAUGCCUUUCUUUAAUGCGGAACUGACACAGGACUUCAUGCAGCCGCAGAGGCCUCCUGUACCACAGCAGCAACAGAUGGGAGCUGUGUUUCCCCAGCAGCAAGGCAUGCAGCCCAGUAUGGGCUCACCACCCGGGACAUUUAUGCAUCGCGACAGAAGGGCCGCAAUAGGUAAUGGAAUGAUACUCCCAGAAAUGGGGUCUGGUUUGGGUCCUGAUAAUCCUGCCCUCCAUCCAUCCAACUUUUCCCAGGCUCAGCCCAGACCCCGUCACAUCAAUGGAUCAGGGAUGAUGCUUCAGAUGCAUAAUGAAGGAUCGCAGUUUGGGAGUGACUCCGCCACACCACUUCCAUCCAACUUUCCAGGCUCAGGUCAAUCUUUAAUCCAGUUGUACUCGAACAUCAUCCCAGAUGAAAAGGGGAAAAAGAAGCGGAGCCGCAAAAAGAAGAAAGAUGACGAUGCAGAUUCAGUCAAAACACCCUCAACUCCACACUCAGACCUUACAGCUCCUCUCACACCAUGUGUUUCAGACACCUCCUCAACUCCAACCAGAUCUGCCCAUCUCUUGGGAGACCAGGAUUUGUCCAGGUCACCCUUAAUGGGAUCUUCUACGCCAAGUCACUCGGAGCUGGAGAGGCAGCUUUCUGGAAGCCAAAGUGGACUGGCUGGUUUCUCAUCAGAUACAACAAGGACUCAGGCUCAGGAACACGACAGGAUCCUCAACAACAUUAAGCUGGAGCAGACCGAUACCAGCGAGUGUCGCGGCCCUAAAGAAAGUACCAUUCGCUCAGAAAUGGGUUCAGUUAAAGAAGAGGGAAGUAAAGGGAGCACGUCUCCAUUCCCUGCAGGCCAGAGUCCAAGCAAGGGAGAUGGCGCUGGCAACGAGUUGUUGAAACACCUUCUGAAGAACAAGAGCGCACUUCCACAAGAGCUAUCCCAACAGAGGUCAGAAGAAAGCCUGCGUUCAGAGGAAGAGGGGCCCCCAGACUGCAAGACCCUGCUCAGGCAAAGCUCCAUGGACAGCAGUGGGGCGUACUCUGACGCUAUGCCUGACUGUCCGGGACCUCUGAUCCCUGAGCAGGAGAAAAAGAAAGGGAGGAUCAAAAGGACUCCAAAAAGUGGGGAGAAACCAGUCUCUCGCUAUAAGAAAAGGAAGAAGGAAGGCGAUGAGAGGCAGCUGAUGCACAGUGGUCCUGACAGUGUAAUGACCCAAAUCAAACAGCAGCUCACCCUUCUACCCCUUAUGGAACCGCUGAUUGGAAUUAACUUUGCCCACUUUGCUCCUUAUGGAAGCGGCCAGCUCAAUGGUGAGAGCCUCCUGUCGGGUGCCUUCGGCAGCGCCUCCUUAGACGGAGUCUCUGAUUACUACUCCCAGCUGGCUUACAAGCAGAGUAACUUGAGCAACCCACCAACACCGCCGGCAUCUCUUCCUCCCACCCCGCCACCUGUAAACCGGCAGAAAAUGAUCAAUGGAUUUGCCACAACAGAAGAGCUGGCCAGCAAAGCUGCUGCCAUGGUGUCCAGGGGCCUGGUCCCAAAACCACUGCAUGUCCCAUUCAGGACUGAGGAAGAUCUUCUGGCCAGGGCCAUCGCUCAGGGACCUAAAACUGUGGACGUUCCAGCUUCCCUCCCUACACCUCCACACAACAACCAGGAGGAGCUCAGUAACAGAGGGCAGGAACCUUGCAAGGACAGGGACACACCUGACAGUUUUGUUCCUUCCUCAUCUCCUGAGAGCAUGGUUGGGAUGGAGAUCAGUCGUUAUCCAGACCUCUCUCUGGUGAAGGAAGAGCCGCUGUCCCCCUGCCUGUCUCCGGUCCUCCCCAUGCUUCCGGCGCCCGAUGGGAAAGGGACAGAGGUUAAGCUGCAAGAUAUCAAGACGGAGCCUUCUGCCGUGUUUUUUGGCUCCCCCUUUGGCCCCAUGUCUGAGUCCAAACAAGGGCUAGUGUCUGUAGCCAUCACGCUGAGGCCAUCUGCAGCGGAGAACAUCACAGGAGUAGUUGCAGCCAUUUCAGAUCUUCUUUGUGUGAAGAUCCCCAGCAGCUAUGAGGUCAGCAGCACUCCUGACAGGGGACCCCCAUCUAUGCUGGGUGGUCCACAAAUGGGCCUUCAUGCUGCAGAGCAUCGCUCUCCCAUGCGCCACCACGGAGAUGCUGGAUUCCAGGGUCGUCCGGGACAACUGAUGCGGCCCAGUGGAGUGCAGGGAAUGAUGUUGCAACAGCAGCAGACACAUCAUUUUCGUUUCCAUCCCAACAGCCCAGGCUCAGCUAUAGCGAGAGAACCUGACCACAGGACUCCUGCCAGCCCUGGAUCGAAACCUCAAUGGUGCUGCCACUGCAAGGUGGUGGUUUUGGGAAAUGGAGUACAGAAGUCCAUCAAAGACCUUCCUACACAUAUGAAGGACUCUGUAAGCCAUUUCAAAUCUGAAGAGAACUUGGUCUUCUGCAGUCACAGCUGUGUGCUCCUGUAUUCUUCGUCCUCACCUUUGCAAGGCAGAACAACCACAGAAAAUAAGGAUUCUGCGAACUUCCUCCACAGUGCUGAGCAAACACAGAUCCUUUCUAAAGCCCAGCACCAGUACAGUAACAACAUGUCAUCAAUGGAUGUUCACUGCCUGGCCCAACUUCAACCCAAGCAGUCUCCCCCCUCGACUCCUCCGAUCCCCUUCCCCACAGCAGGUGAGACGCCAAAGAUGGACACCAAAUCUGACGCCCUCAAAGUGACUGUGAAGCUAAAGGCCCGACCAAGAGCCCACGAUGGCUGGCACCAGGGUAAGAGGCAAAAGGGCCUCCGCUGGAGGAAGUGGACGGUUCAGAUUGUGGUGCCAAGAGGGAAUUCCCAACUCCCCGAUGAAGAUAAGGUUGACGAACUCCUGCAGAAACUGGGGGCCUCCUUGCGCCCUUCAGUGUCACUGAGGGACCAGAGGCGGUGCUGUUUUUGCCACCAGUUUGGAGACGGGAUCACUGAUGGACCUGCUAGGUUGCUAAACCUUGAUCUAGAUGUGUGGGUCCACCUCAACUGUGCUUUGUGGUCAACUGAAGUGUACGAGACUCAGGCUGGUGCCCUCAUCAACGUGGAGUUAGCGCUGCGUCGUGGCCAAACAAUACGCUGCGCCUACUGCCAGCACACCGGUGCAACCAGCGGCUGUCACCGACUGCGCUGUACCAACAUCUACCAUUUCACCUGCGCCCUUCAAGCUCAGUGCACCUUCUUCAAGGACAAGACUAUGCUGUGCCAUGCCCACAGACCCAGAGGCACUGCUGGACAGACGCUGGAGCACGAGCUGCGCUGCUUCGCCGUCUUCAGGCGCGUCUACGUCCAAAGGGACGAAGUGCGUCAGAUGGCUACUGCUGUGCAGCAGCCUGAGUUGGGCUACACUUUUCGAGUCGGCAGCCUGGUGUUGCAUGCGAUUGGCCAACUCACCCCCAUGCAGAUGGCAGCUUUCCAUUCUCCCACAGCCAUCUUCCCAGUUGGCUAUGAGGCUUGCCGAAUUUACUGGAGCAUGCGUCACGGCAACCGGCGCUGUCGCUACAUCUGUUCUGUUGAGGACAGAGAGGGAGACCCGGAGUUUAGCAUCAGAGUCAUCGAACAGGGUUACCAGGACUUGGUUCUGACUGACACCACUGCUAAAGGCGUGUGGAAUAAAGUCCUCGGUCCUGUUGCUGAGAGGAGAACUGAAUCAGGCACGUUAAAGCUCUUCCCUGUUUACCUGAAAGGAGAGGACUUGUUUGGGCUCACAGUCUCUGCGGUCGCCAAGAUCACUGAAUCGCUCCCGGGAGUGGAAGCUUGCGACAGGUACUCAUUCCGUUACAGACGCAACCCUCUCUUGGAGUUGCCGCUCGUGUUCAGCCCGGCUGGCUGUGCCCGGGCCCAACCGAGAACCAGCUCCCCCUGCACUUCAUUGGUGAUAAGGCCACAGCCACAGGCUGCAUCCAGCAGCACUGCCAGGAUGAACCAAAAUGUGGCUCAAGGAGAAGGUGGCGCCCCCCAUAGCAAGCCUCCAGUAGUGCACCCCAGGUCCUCUCAGUAUCGAUGGAUGAAGAGUGAGUGGAGAGCCAACGUCUACCUGGCUCACUCUCGCAUCCAGGGCCUGGGGCUGUUUGCUGCUCGAGAUAUUGAAAAACAUACUAUGGUGAUUGAGUACAAUGGAACUGUCCUCCGAAAUGAGGUUGCCAUCAGCAAAGAGAAAAUCUAUAGAGCUCAGAACCGAAUAAUGUUCAUGUUCCGCAUCGACAGCGAACAUGUUGUCGAUGCCACUCGAACUGGAGGCAUAGCAAGAUAUAUCAACCAUUCUUGUGCCCCCAACUGUGUGGCAGAAGUAACAUUUGAACGGGGUUACAAAAUCAUCAUCAGCUGCAUUCGCAGAGUUGAAAAGGGAGAGGAGCUUUGUUUUGACUACCAGUUUGACACUGUGGAGGGUCAGAACAAGGUUGCUUGCCACUGUGGAGCUGCUGAAUGCAGAAAGUGGAUUAACUGAGCAAAACAAUAAAGGACAAACACAAAUGCAUUCCUUGCUAUCGUGUGUGGAUGUCGCCUCCCCACUCCCACCCCCCGACACUCUCUGCACAGAGACGGUGGCGUUGCACCACAGUUACUUUACGAGUGAGCAGAAGGCCUGAACCCUUGGAAAGGUGAACGAAGAAAAGUACAUCAAAAAAGAAGAAUAAGCAGGCGGAGGAUGGGCGACGUAGGAGUAGCGGGGUGUGACUUGUGCCAUAAGUGGGAGGUUUUAUUCGACGCCUCUGUUUGUCUGUGCGUGCGUCUAGCGUGCACGAGGCGCAGAAUCCACCAGCGAAGGAGAAAGCACUGUGCAGGGUGCAGCCUUAUUGCUUCCUAAGGGCAGGCCCUUUUGUUUCAUACUGUUUAAUGUAAACCGUAUGACUAAAUGUAGACAUCACUGAAUGAGGAAUGUACAGCAAUGAAUACCGCGAAGGGAAUAUUAACUUGCACUAAAAAAUGAAAAACACACAAACAUUGAAAAAUACUUGAUUCCAUGAGUCAGUUUUAUCAUAGGUCUCCGUCAUGUGAUUUGUGUGGAAUUUGAGAGGUUUUGUAUUUAUUACUGAGUGAAUGAAUUUUAUUCUCAAAAUGAUGAGAUUGAGUUAAAAGAAGGCUAGAUUGUUUUUGAAGAUUGAAGAAGACACGCUGUUACUUUUGUAUAAAUGUACAUAAAGAAAACUAUAGGAAUAACCGACCAAAUACUACCUUAACCUUCUUGAUGUUUGGGUGUUUUUAAAUUGUUUUUUUUUUUUGGUUUUUUUUUUCCUUCUUCUUCUUCUUCUGUCUUUGUCAUUGAAAUUUAUUUAAGAUGGAUGUUAUUUCAGUUUGAGAGUAUAUAUUAUGACUAUUCUGUACAGAAUUUGUAAUAUAACCACAAUAAUUCACAAAAGUAUUUUUGUUGUAUUAAAAGUAAGGUAUUGUAGCGUAGUGUUUUGUGACUUACACAUACUUUGACCACUCAAAAGAAAUAUUUUUGUUGACUAGCUUCGAGUUCUCGGUUACAAAGUAAAAUAGAGAUCUUUCUGAUCUGUUUGCUGUUAAUCAGGUUUGAUUUUAAAGAACUGUGAAUUAGGUUUUAAAACGACAAAAAAAAAACUUUUUAACUUUUUAACACGAAUAGGAAUGCCGACAUGUAUUUGUUUUUACGUUGCUUUUACAAAAACGGUGCAAAUGUGUAAUGAUGAACCAGUGUGUGACAGAAAGAAUUGUAUGUGGAGAUCUUAUGUGAAAUCAUAGAUUGUUCUACCUUUUUUUGGACAGAAAUGGAAUCCUUAAUCAGAAAUAUUUCUUAUACUGACACUUCACAAGUCACAUACUUAGAACAGAACAGUUUUGCGUGCACAAUUUCAAGUUGACUGUAAAAUUUUGGAGACAGUCUUAGAACUUGUAAUGUAUAUGGCAUGUAUUUUUUUAACUUUCCGAAAGACUCAAUUGUAUAUAUUUUCUCAAUGAAUGGUUGUAACAAAAUUGUUUCUUGGAUAUUUUUCUUCUCUUGUAUAUUACAUCAUCCUGCCAGUGUGUUUGUGUUGCAUUUUCUUUGUUGUGUAGUCCCCGCCUUCCCCUACCCCCCACUUUUUUUUUUUUUUUUCAAAAAUGCCUUUUGAAGUGUACAGAUUAUGAGGAUUGGAGUUUGUGGAGUUGAGUUUAGAAACAUUUACAAAAAUAAACUAUUUUACAUGUUA